AUGGGUAAGAGUGUCAAGUUUGUCAAGGACGAAAGCCGCAUGGCCAAGUACAGCCCGUUAGAGGAGGCAGACGCCGACGAUGAGCUGGACAGCGUUGGCAGCAUGGAGCUCAACGGCAGGGAAGGACACUCCCCUACCUUUCCAGACGAAUGGAAUCACGACCGGAUAGUAUGGGACCAGCGUCUUCAACGCGUACAGAAAAUCGUCUGGAUUGAGGGUGUCAUCAUCGCCAUGCUGUUUGGCUUGGUUGUCUUUCUCGGUCUGCAGGCGUUUUGGCCCAAGAAUGACGGUGGUGUCCCGCUGGGCGUUGACCCGAGCGGCUUUGUUCCCCCGGAAAUCGGCCAGCCGGUGAAGUGGAUGAAGUACGACGACGAGAGCGAUCCGCACUAUUUCAAGCCCGACGUAUUCGACAGCAUCGAGAGCGUACAAGAAGCUGCCAGACAUUUCAAGAUGUUGCACAAUGCAUCCAACGUCCGAAUCAAUGGAAAGUACACGACUUACAUGGAUUUCAACGACGAGCAACAACCGCUGCCGCCAUACGUCACCCGUAAGGGCUCAGAACUCUACAGCAUCAGGGCUUUCCACCAGAUGCAUUGCGUGUCUAUCGUUUUCGAGGAUAUCGGCUACAGGGUCUUGAACAAGACAUCGAAGUGGGAAGUCGGCCACGUUAUCCACUGCCUGAACACGAUACGAUCCGCCGUCACUUGUUUAGCUGACGCGACCCCGCUAUCAUACGUGCAUGGGAUGGGAGUAGGGCAUACCACGGACGAUCAACAGUCGCAUUGUCGGGACUUCUUCGCGCUGAGAGAAUGGGCUCAUGACCCCGUUCGGGCGGUCCAGUGGAUGAAUGUGGCGCCGGAUGAUGAGAAGGAUAGAUACGAAGAAAUCGUGCCUUAG